AUGAAACCGCCAUGCAUUCCACGUGGAGACCAAAAUGCAUCAGUUGAGAUAUACUUGCGAAAUAAAGAAUAUCAAAUUUUCACAGUAAAUCAAGCAGGUAGCCACGAACAACAGGUGUUGGCAUUAAAGAAAACAAUACAUCAUUAUGGCCCUGUUUUAGUAGCAAUUAUGGCUUUUGAAACUGGUUAUUAUCAUUACAAAGGUGGUAUUUUCACGUUUUCAAAAGAGACAUGCAAAAAUAUAAAUAUAGAUCAUCAAGUGAUAUUAGUUGGAUACUGCAAAGACAAUGAAACUGGACAGGAGUACUUUAUAGCAAGAAAUACUUGGGGUACUUGGUGGGGUGAAAAUGGGGGAUUUGGUAAAAUUUCAACCGAAAAUUUAUGUGGGAUGGCACAAGAUGAUACUAAAGGAUAUUUAUCACAGAAUUAUAUCUUUUAUUCUGGUAAUUAUAAACUCGGUCCAAAUUGCAAGACGUGUAAUACAAAAAACUUGGUGUGUACUGUGUGUAAAGCCGGAACAAAAAUGGAUAAAAGAGGAGUAUGUGUUGCGCCAGGACAAUAA